AAAAAACAAAAGAAAAUUAAACACUAGCAUGCAUGCAUGCAAGAGGAACUCAACAUGCCUAUUUCCUUGCUCGCAAUAUAUGGAUUGGUACGAAGAGAAGAGAGAAGAAAGAUAUUAAUUAAUAUAUAGCUACUGGGGGUAGAGAUACAGAAUGCACAAGGACCACCAACGCCCCGAGGCGUGGGAGUCCGCCGUCCACAAGAGCCAGCACCACCCCACCGCCCGCCACCACAGCCUCGUGUUCACCGCGCCGAUGUCUGUCAUCCCCGACGACUUCCUGAUCAGCACCCCGAAAUCCCUGGACGAGGGUGCCAGCAAUGCCGCCGACGAGGAGGAGCAGGAGACCUACCAUGCGGAGCGGCUGCUGGCGAACGGCGACUUCUACACCGGGCAGUGGUCCGGCGACCUCCCGCACGGAACCGGCAAAUACUUGUGGACGGAUGGGUGCAUGUACGAGGGCGAGUGGCGCCAAGGCAAGACAAUGGGAAUGGGCAAGUUUUCGUGGCCGUCGGGCGCCACGUACGAGGGCGAGUUCAAAUCUGGGUUCAUGCACGGCCUGGGCACCUACAUAGGCGCCCUCGGCGACACUUAUCGCGGCGGCUGGUCCAUGAACCUCAAGCACGGCCACGGUACCAAGUCCUACGCCAACGGCGACUACUACGACGGCGAGUGGCGCGCAGGAGUGCAGGACGGACAGGGCCGAUACGUGUGGCGAGACGGGAACGAGUACAUCGGGCAAUGGCGCGCCGGUGUUAUCCACGGCCGCGGCACUCUUAUCUGGGCCAACGGGAACCGCUACGACGGCGGGUGGGAGGAUGGACUUCCGAAAGGAAACGGGAACUUUCGGUGGGCGGACGGGGGGUUGUACAUUGGGCACUGGAGCAAGGAGAACGGAGUACUUCAGCAGAAGGGGGUCUACUACCCGUCGCCGGCCGCCACGUCGCCGACCGCACGGGAUCCACAGGACGCAUUUGCCGCCGGCCUUGACGGCUGCAAGGUUUGCCCGAGCGAGACGGUGUCGAUCCUACCCUCGCAAAAGACGCUCAACUGGUCCGGCGUCGAGGCCGAGUUUCUCCAAAAGCAAGCCGUGUGGAGGUCGUUGAAGGCGUCGCGGAGGCGCGCGUCGAUAGACGUUGCGAGAGUUGUGGGCGCAAUGACCCCAAAAAGACCGAACGGGCACGCCAUUAGUGCGAUCGGCGUUGCUGCUUCUGGAGAAGACAAAAAUGGUAGUUGUGGUGAUGGCGGCUGCCUUCUGCAGUUGGACGGUGACCGUGUCGAAGAAGGGAACGCCGCACAAGAAGUCAGGGAGGUGGAGGAGGGGGAGGAGGCGAGGGAGCCGGGGGGGGCACAGGUGCAGCAGCAGCAGCAGCAGCUGCAGCAGCCGAUGAAGUGGCUGCCGACGAGGGAAACGAAGAAACAAGGGGAGACCAUUUCCAAGGGGCACAAGAAUUACGAUCUCAUGCUUAAUCUCCAACUUGGAAUCAGACAUGCAGUAGGAAAGCAAUCUGCACCUACAUCACUGGACCUUAAAGCAUCUGCAUUUGACCCUAAAGAGAAAGUAUGGACAAAAUUUCCUCCCGAAGGAACAAAACAAACUCCUCCUCACCAGUCUUGCGACUUUAGAUGGAAAGACUACUGCCCGCUGGUUUUCAGGACGUUGCGCAAACUCUUCCAGGUUGAUCCUGGAGAUUAUAUGAUCUCUAUUUGUGGGAAUGAUGCUCUUCGGGAGCUCUCAUCACCAGGGAAAAGUGGUAGCUUCUUUUACUUAACAAAUGAUGAUCGGUACAUGAUAAAGACCGUGAAGAAAUCGGAAGUGAAAGUGCUUCUGAGGAUGCUUCCAGCCUACUAUAACCAUGUCCGUGCUUUCGAGAACACUUUAGUAACCAAGUUCUUCGGUCUUCACUGCGUCAAAUUAACUGGGGCUACUCAGAGAAAGGUUCGCUUCGUCAUAAUGGGGAACCUGUUCUGCACGGAGUAUGCCAUACACAGGCGGUUUGACCUGAAGGGUUCUUCUCAUGGCCGUACGACUGACAAACCUGAGGAGGAAAUUGAUGAGACCACUACUUUGAAAGAUCUCGAUCUCAAUUUUAUCUUUCGGUUACAACGAUCUUGGUUCCAGGAGUUUUGCAGGCAAGUGGAUAGAGAUAGUGAAUUCCUAGAACAGGAGAGAAUCAUGGAUUAUAGCCUCUUGGUGGGUGUUCAUUUUGGAGAUGCAACCCAAGAUAUACUACUCCCUGCCGAUGGUGCAGGUAGUGGUGACACUGAUAACAAAAUAGAUGGAACUCCUCGCCUUUCUAGGGUAGACAUGGACCAAUUUCUUUGUGAUCCAACACGGUGGGCUGCAAUCAAAUUAGGUGUGAACAUGCCAGCUAGAGUCGAGCAGAUUGUACGGACCGAUGCUGAAUCCCUACUGAUUGGGGAACCAACAGGAGAGUUUUACGAUGUGGUGUUGUUCUUCGGAAUCAUUGAUAUUCUGCAAGAUUAUGAUAUAAGCAAGAAGCUCGAGCACGCAUAUAAGUCUAUCCAAUACGAUCCGACCUCGAUAUCCGCUGUCGAUCCGAAGCAGUACUCCAAGCGGUUCCGUGACUUCAUUUUCAAAGUUUUUACAGAAGAUGCGUAGCUUUUGUUUUUCUCCCCUAUCACAUUCCACCAACCGAUCUUCAAAAGAAAAGAAAUUAAGAACAUCGCGAUGAAAUGGUGGUUUGUUUUCUGUCCCUCGGCUUCUCAUCUUCCGUAGGCAACCACUCUCGAAGCAGCUGCUUCGGCCUAUAAUUCAAUGUGCUUUACUCACAGACACUCGUCAAUAGGUUUGUACAUUUUUAAUUGUUCUCAAAAUUUGUCACUUGUUUUUGACAUAAUUAUUUAUAGUGCAUAAUAAGGGUAAUUCGGUGCCAGGCUCAACAAGAACUGUAAAUGCUCCUAUGAGAAAGUGACCAUCAUUCAGGAUCAUUGCUUUUGUAACCUUUUUUCUUAUAGGAAGUGAAUGUGGUGUGGGGUUUUGGAAUUGAUGCCAGCAAUAUGUAUAGGACAGUUAUAAUUAACCAUGUUACAUUGUUUAGCUUUUCU